UUAAAGGCGCCAUUGGAGCAGGGCUCGUACCUUUCUGAUGAGCACAGUCACUGGCUACCAUCCUCAACACACACUGGCUACCGAGCGGAAAGACGAAGAAGCUCGACCACCGGCCCAUUAAGAAUCCCUAUCUUCUUGCGGCCCGCCCCUCUUAGAGCAGCGCAGCUCUCCAUCGCUCCCCCUCUGCUUCGCCUAUAUAAAGGCGAGCCCACCCACUUCCCUCUUAUCUGUUCACGGCGAGUGACGACCCGACUUCGGUGCUGAAGAAGAAGAAGGGAGAGAGAGAGAGAGAGAGAGAGAAGAGAGAGAGAGACGCAUACACACACUUACACACGGAGAGUAACACGCAGAGGCAGAAACGCGCAUUCAUUGUGAUGGCGACGGUGGUGGUGGUGAGAGAGUACGACCCAGAAAAGGACCGGGAGAAGGUGGAUGCCGUGGAGAGAGAAUGCGAGGUCGGGCCCAGCGAGGAGCUCUCCCUCUACACCGACCACAUGGGCGACCCGAUUUGCAGGGUCCGAAACUGUCCUGCCUUCCUCAUGCUGGUGGCGGAGAUGGGUGAGGAAAAAGAGAUAGUGGGGAUGAUCAGGGGUUGCAUCAAGACCGUUACAUGCGGCAAGAGGCUGUGCAGAAAUAGCAAAAACAUCAACAGCAACAACAACAACAACAACACCAUGGCUUCGCUCGACUCCUGUAUUCCCACGAAGCAAGUCCCGGUGUACACCAAGGUCGGCUACAUAUUGGGCCUGCGUGUCCCUCCUCCUUACAGGAGGAUGGGAAUAGCGUCGAAACUGGUAGAGAAAAUGGAGGAGUGGGUGAGGGAGAGCGGCGGCGAGUACUGCUACAUGGCCACCGAGAACGACAACAUCGCCUCCGUCAAGCUCUUCACCACCAAAUGCGGUUACUCCAAGUUCCGGACUCCCGCCAUCCUCGUCAACCCCGUCUUCGCCCACCGUGUCCGCGUCCCCCGCCGGGCCACCAUCCUCAAGCUCUGCCCCCGCGACGCCGAACUCCUCUACCGCCUCCGCUUCUCCACGUCCGAGUUCUUCCCACGCGACAUCGACGCGGUCCUCAACAACAAGCUCACCCUCGGCACCUUCCUCGCCGUACCCCGCGGCGGCGCCGGCGAACGGCCUUGGGGCGGGGCGGCCGAGUUCCUGGCGGACCCGCCGGAGUCGUGGGCGGUGGUGAGCGUGUGGAACCUACAGGACGUGUACAAGCUGGAAGUGCGGGGCGUGCCGGCGGCGCAGCGGGCGCUCGCGAGGGCGACGCGAGCGGUGGACAGGGCGCUGCCGUGGCUGGGGCUGCCGUCGUUCCCGGAGCUGUUCAGGCCGUUCGGGGCCCACUUCCUGUACGUGGGCGGGGAAGGGCCGCGCGGGGAGAUGGUGAGGGCGCUCUGCUUGCACGCGCACAACCUGGCGAAGGAGCACGGCUGCGCGGUGGUGGCCACGGAGGUGGCGAGCCGCGAGCCGCUCAGGUUAGCGAUCCCGCACUGGAAGAGGCUAUCGUGCGACGAGGACUUGUGGUGCAUCAAGAGGCUUGGGGAGGACUACAGUGACGGGGCUGUCGGUGACUGGACCAAGUCACCGCCUGGGCUUUCCAUUUUUGUUGACCCCAGAGAAGUCUAACCAGCGAAGACCGAAGAGUGGCAAGACUUCAAGACCCUCUUUAAUUUCUCUCUCUUUCUCUCUCUCUUCCCUUUUUUCUUUAUUAAAUCAAGAGGAGAAAAAGAGCAAUAUCAGAGUAGAGAAAAAAAGGAACCCUUUUUUUUUAUUCCUUUUUUAAAAAAAAUAUAUUUUCUGGGUAUUUUCAUCUAGUGUAGGUGUAGCCAUUUCGGAGAAGGACAAAAUGAAAAAGAGGGGAAUGAGAAUGGGAGAAGAUAUGGGUUUUUGUUGUAAAUGGGGGCCGAAGAAGAAUAUCCUAAUUCCUACUCUUGUUAUAAUCUUUUUGUUUUCUUGCUUUAAUUACUAUAUUUACUUUGAUUUUGGAUAUUUGGCUUUUUAAGAUCCUCCGGCCAAGCGCAGCCUCAGGUUCCUCAUGUGGGGUCGGUUCUCUUUUCGAAGGAGGGGUCUUCUUCUUAUUCUAAACGGGUUCUUGUUGGUGAUGAUGAGAGAUCGUGAGUGUACCAAGAAUAUGAAUAUCCCUCCAAUCCAAUUCCGACCCAAUGCAUAUCUCUUUCGAGCUUUGAAGAUGUGAUGAUUUGUGUAGAGAACUUUUGAGUGCCCCCUUUUGGGCAUAUCAUAUGUUCUUGAUUAUAUUCCCAUGGGAUGACCAUAUCUUUUUCUCCA